UAGCCUUAAAAAUUGACACGCUAAUUUUAUAAAAACAAUAAACAUGCAGUCCUCUAAAGAGAGUCAAUUACAAAUUAGAUUGAUAACAACUCAAGAAAUCUAUGCUGUACCAGACGUACCGCUUACUGUACCUUCCACUAUAGAUAUUAAAGCAUUAAACCAACUGUUAAAUGAAUUGAUAAAAGAGAGCAAUCCUGAUUUUUUAAAACCAAAGGAAUAUGAUUUUCUAGCUGUAGGCGAAAUAAUAAGACUUCCUUUAGCAGAGCAUUUACAGGAGCAUAAUGUUUCAACAGAGUCCACUAUCGACAUUGAAUACAUCGAAAGAAUCCCAGCUCCCGAACCAGAAGAUAGUAUUUUACACGAUGACUGGGUCUCUUCUAUUGAAACUACUGACAAAUGGAUACUAUCUGGAAGUUAUGAUCAUUCAGUAAGCAUAUGGACUUCCCAUGGAAAACCUGUAGCAUUUGUAAAAAAUCACACUGAAAUGGUUAAAGGUGUAACUUGGAUUAGUAAAUCUGAUAUAACUAAAGGAUUUGUAAGUGUAUCUCAUGAUCAGUCCGGUAUAAUAUGGGAAUGGAAAGAAGGUACUAAAGAAGUUACACCAAAAAUUCAUUUAAGGGGUCAUGAAAGGGGAAUAGAUAGUGUCGGUGUAAGUCCUGAUAGCACGAAAUUAGCAACUGGAGGAUGGGACACAAAUUUAAAGUUAUGGUCAGCUUCAUUAGAAGUGGAUGAUUCUGGGGAACCUAGCACUAAAAAGUUAAGAGGUCUAGGAAAAGGAAUUUAUACCAGAGUUCCACUGCACACAUUAAAUGGUCAUAAAGAAACAAUUUCUGCGAUAAAUUGGAUUGAUAAUCACACAGUUUGCACAGCCUCAAUGGACCACACCAUUAAAUUCUGGGAUUGUGAACUGUAUGGAAUUAAAAAUGAAAUUAUUGACCAGAAGGCUUUUUUAAGUGCCUCAUGGUCUCCACUAUCAAACACAUUGCUAGCCACAUCUGCAGACAGGCAUAUACGCCUCUAUGAUCCUAGAUCUAAUGAAGGUUCCAUUUGUAAAUCGAUGUUUACUUCUCACGUCUUAUGGGUGAGCUGUGUCACGUGGUCAAAAUAUGAUGAACAUCUCUUUUUAUCUGGAAGUUAUGAUUCAACAGUUAAACUGUGGGAUACAAGAAGCCCGAAAGCUCCCUUGUACAACUUACAAGGACACGAAGGACAAGUUCUGGCAGUGGAUUGGUCAAAUAAUAAGUAUAUUUUAUCUGGUGGCACUGACAAUAGUAUUCAUAUAUUUAAAAACAAUGUAUUACAUUAAUUUAUUACAUAACAUUGAAAAUAA